AUGUCUUGGCUCACAUCCUUAACGGGCGUGUUAGCGCCCGUGUUCCUGGUGCUGUCGCCAAUCCUGUCCUACGGUGACCAAGCGUACUCGAUGCAUCGCAAGCGGACCAGCGCGGGCUUUUCCCUCGACAUUCCAUUGAUCAUGCUGGUCGCCUCCUUUCUCAGGAUUUGCUAUUGGCCUGGUGCCCGCUUCGAUACGAGCCUCUUGUUGCAGUCGAUACUUAUGGUCGCUGUUCAGGCCACUCUGCUGAAGAUCGCGCUCGACCAUAGGCCACCACCUUCAUCCAAGGGAGGAGAGGCAGCUUUGCCAUUCGCGGGAGCCGGCAAAGACAGCAUCCUAGACUUUGAGCGCCCAUUUAACUUUUGGAAAUGGCGUUCCCCGAAGCCAUAUUGGAAGUUUUUGGCUUGGUUUGCAGCUGGACUUCUCGCCUGCGAAAUGCUUCUGAAACCAGCGCCUCAACUUUACAAUUUAUACUCUUCCACGAUCGGUGUCAUGGGUCUUUCAAUCGAAGCGACGCUGCCGAUUCCUCAGAUUCUGGCGAAUGCGCAGUCAAGGUCCUGCAAGGGGUUCCGCGUCUCAGUCUUGGCUAGCUGGAUUCUGGGUGACACGAUGAAGCUGUUUUGGUUCUUCACCACAACUACCGAGAUUCCCCCGGUGUUCAAAAUCUGUGGCAUGUUCCAGGCCGCAUGUGAUGCUUUCCUCGGCGUCCAAUAUCUGAUGUACGGUGAAGGCGAACAGGAAGUUAAGGAGCAUCCGAUGGUGGAUGCAUCGUGGAAGAGCCCGAGCAUGGAUCGCUCUUACAUUCAAAGCCAACACAGCUCGUCUCGAAGUUCAACCCCUACAAGGCCCAGGCGAUCGACCGUGACGAUCGUGGAUGUUAAAGAGAAGGAAUUACAAUAG